GGGAGUUCAGUAAAAAGUGGAAAGCUGUUAUCAUUCUUAAACUGUUUCGUGCGCGAUAAGAACAAAAUCGUCUGUAACUCUCGCCGUCGUUCUGGUGGACAAAGUAGACCGGGAAAACGGGAGAAAACGCACCUUAAAUCUGUUCAUUCCAAUAAUUGUUCAAAAAUCUAAUAAUUUUGUUGUAUUUAAGAGCAUAUUCGCAUGUGUUCAUACUGAUAUUCCAUCGUACUACUUGGUCGCGUUCGUUCUGGUUAAGCAGACCGGAAGGGUUAAUGAACCAUGAUGAUGACGGAGAUAAAGUUCUCUUUGCUGCUCGUUUCGCUGUUAUCAUCGAUAGGAUCGUGUUACACGGCCCCAGCGUUUGGUGAUGCCUUUCAUGUGGGAACCGAGGAGAAGUUCGAUUUUAUUAACGUUGUGCACGUAGGAAAUACAAAAAAUGCAACCGUUCAGACCGGAUACUCCAUACGUGCUACGAUUGCUGUGGGGACCGUUUGGGGUGAUGACGAAACAAAGCUUCUGAAAAUAACGAUUUCGAAUCCAUCACUUAAAAGUGUUGGCGACAUUGUGGGCAGUGUCGACGAAACCGCAAAAACUCCGUUCUACGCGUGGUGGAACUUGGGUCGCCUACGUAGCAUAUAUUUCUCCCCAAGUGUUGAAUCAAUUUCGGUGCGCAACUUUCAAAAGGGAAUCGCCGCUCUUUUCCAGUAUCAACUGUUGGAUGGUUUGUAUGAGGAGGAGGAUCCGUCGGGGAAAUGCAAAACAAAAUACAUUUCGCACUCAACAACUCGCUACCAUAAGUCGAAGAGCGAUUGCUACUUCAAUGCUAAGCGCCUUGAGCGAAGCGAAUAUCCACUGCGAAGCAGUCUGAAAGUAUCACGCAGUGCAGAUUUUACCGUUUCACCGGAGGGAGCGUUACAAAAGAUGGUCAGCCAAGACUAUGUAAAAUACCUUCUGAACGUUCAUGAGCAACUCGGCGCCUACUACGAAUCGGUAAUGCGACUGGAAGUAGAAGGAACUGUGCAGAAAAUCGAUAUUCACAAAAGUGGCAACAUAGAGAACAUUGUGAAGGAACUGAACCUGGUCAGCGACACUCUUCUGAUCAACCCCGAAACCUCCUCGAAGUGUGAGGGUGCAGGUUGCUUUGGGGUAAUAGAAUUGUUCAAACGGAACAAAAAGUAUUUAUUAAACGAUAAGAUUGGCAGUGCUCAGUCAUCUUCGGCUUUACUGGAACUAGUGCAAGCCGGACGGAAAGCGUCCAUGGAUGAUCUAAGCCGCAUUCUAAAAGCCAAAUCGUCGGAGGAACUCAAGGGCCAACUUAUGGAUUUCCUAGGAGCGGUACAAACUAUCUCGGCUCACAAAGUUGCCAAGUUGGAAUUGAAAUAUGGUUCCGACGGGGAGUUGCUGCUUGCCGAGCGUUAUCUUCAAGCGCUAGCAGUAGGUAGCCGCCCGCAAAAAGAAAUUAUUGAAGAUUUGCUAGAAAUGGCUAGAAAAGAACACUCUAACCCAAAGUUUACCGAUACUCUUAUCCAGAGCCUUGCUUCAACUACUCAAAGAUAUGCAAAACUGGAAGGAAACACGUAUGAUACGGAUGUUGUGGUUAAGGUGCGUUCGUUCCUCACUUCCAAGUUAGAAGCUUGCAGUAAAGAGACUUGUAUGCUUCAGUACAUUCGUGGGCUAGAUAAUCUGAAGUGUCCCAAGACUACCGAUCUGUUGAUGAAGCUAGCUCUGAAUGGAUCGCGCCUGGUCAGUGUCGCCGCAAUGAAAGCACUCAAAGCAUUUUCCGUUUAUCUAUGGAAUGAUGAUUUCAGAUCAAAAUUUGAAGAAAUAUUUUUCCAAGUGUCGAAAUCAUACGAUUCGAGCGCCAGAACGUUAGCUUUGGAUAUACUUUUGGACCUGAAACCGGAUUCCAGCGAGUUGGCUCAUCUGUUACAAUUCCUCAAAUCGAACGACAAAGCGUUCGAGGUGAAGCAAUAUCUUGUACAGAAAUUAAGAAUGUCCGCCACCAAAUGUCUUGCAUUUGCUGUCGAUUUAAGAAGAGCAAUUGAAAGCGAUCCUGCGCUGAACAACUAUGAUGUGCUGGUGCCUAAGGGAUUGUCAACGGCAUUACGUCGACCGUUUUCUAGUCUUCCAUCAUUCAAUGCUUCACUUACUAGUCUGCAGGAAAUGAGUGGUGGGGUGCUGAAGCGUGGGAUCGUUGAUUUAACAUUAGAAGUGGGCGACGAAAGCACCAGCUUAUUCACACUCGGCCUCUAUGCUAGGGGACUGUCUGCUUUUGUCAGCAGUAACGAGGAAGAGUCAAACGAAGCUGAAGAGGAGACAACAGCUGGUAUGGAGCUAGCAAUCCAAGGAACGAACAUGCGACCUCUGGAAUUCUUCAACGGAAAAGGGGAGCUCAUGGGACACGUUUGGAGUGGUACUGCCUCCGAACCAACGGCAGCAUAUCAGGCAAUAACGUUAUUGCAAGAUAACGAAGAGCAAUUUCAUUCGCACAACGGGGCAACGUUGAACCUAGGAGCGACUGGGGCUGUAUCGAUUGAUCUGAAUGGACAGGUCACCAUGAGUCUAUGGGGUCGAAAUGCUCAGUCCAAAGUGGAGCAAAACAUUGGCAUAACCAUGGCGGGACAACUAUCGUUGGACACAUUGUUUGCAAAGCUGGCUGCUAGAUUUAGUUCCACUCAAGAGCCGCGCUUGCAUCUGACUUCUGCACUUGACUUUUCUGGUGAUCCCGCUCUCUGCAUGCAGCUGCUACAGCCAAGUAGCCAAAUGAAACUUAAAUUCGUUCGAGAAAUAUUGCUGGCAGGAUCGAAACAGUCGGUGGAGCGAAAAACAUCGAGGACAUACAAUUUAAAUGGAUUAACACAUGCGCUGAAUAGGAAAAACAACGAAAUGUGUAAUUUAAUCGCAAAAAAAUGAUCCUUCGAACCGCAAGGGAACGUAAAACGACGAUUACGAUUGAGGACCUCAGUUCGAGCUUAUCUUCCAAAGUACAAUUUAGUACACCAGUGAAUCAAUCCCUGAUUGACUAGGAGACCGCAGAACCACAGACUUGGCUAGUUGUAAGUGUUACUAUGCUGUUUUCGUGAAAAGACAAUAUACAUGAUUAAAAAUAA